CUCCAGGCACUUGUUUCCGCUUUUUUCCCAUUUGGACUCAACUUAUUCAAAAGAUUUCAGCCCUUUUAAUUCUUUAAUUUUAAACAUCAGACACAUGAACUUUACGGUAAGAUUAAGCAAAACGUAUAAAUUGUUGAUUUCUUUUCAAAUAACCGAAAAUUGUAUUUGUAACAAGCCCUGUGUUCAGCAAGUUUAACAACGUGCCCGAACCCGCGAAUUUAGAUUUUGGCGCAAGUGAUGAGACAGCUCCUGUUGUGGAUUUAAGUGAUGGACAAGGCCAAGAAGGAGAUCCUCCUAAAGAAUCGAGUGGAGCUGGUGGAGAAUAUCAACAUUGAAGAUGGGCUCCUGACAGAACUGUUGUCCAGGAAAGUUCUGACACCCAGAAAUGUCAAAACUAUACAGUCUAAAUCAACAACAUUUGCACAGACAGAGGAACUCCUUGACAAGAUUUCGGUUAAAAAGAAUGGAUUUGAAGUUCUUAGUGAGGCUUUGAUAGCAAAUGGCCAAGAAGACAUUGUGGAUUUGUAUUUAAAACCACCAGAAAAAGAUGCUGGACCAUCAAAAAGCGAAGUUAAAUCAGAAGAAACAGAAAAAUCUGAGGCAGUUCAGGAAUCGUCCCGUCCUCAUUCCUCCCCACCCCGGAUCUCCGCCCCAGGGUCACUGGCGUCUCACCCCUCUACACAGGGAGUGCAACUUGUACGAUUAAACGUUGCUUUAUGUAGUUCAGAAAAUUCUCAAGGUGUCCAAUGCUCUGAGGGCGUUCAGCUUAUACCAUCAGAACGUGUCUUCCAUCCAAUUGACAAACCAAGUGUUCAACCCAUCCCACCGUCAUCAUCACACAAUACAUUUCCCAUCAGUUUUAUGACAGGAAAUCCCAUGCAGCAUUUUGAUUUCUCCAAUGCUGAAUUCUUAGAUAGGAUCAAUCCAAACAAAAAUAUAUUCAAAGAAAAUGAAAAACGAUUUCAAUCACACCACCACAUCGAUGAUCCGAAUUACGAGCCACUUCCAGGCUGUCCAAGGACGGUGGAGUCACGCAUACCUCUCAACAAUAACCUUCACCCAACACACAAAGAAAUCAUCUAUGUUCCCAGUCAAAAACCCCCAUCUCUGCAAAGGGAAGAUACUCUUGAUGCAAUGACAAAGCCUUCGGAAAACCAUGAAGAAAACUUUGAAUCUCCUGCCAAAAGACAACGAAAAGAAGACAAAAUUGUUGUAUCCUAUUUUGAAUCUGAUUCACAAAGUCGUAAUGAAAUGAUGGUGAACCGAGCUGUCCCUCAGCCUGUCCGACUGCGAGGCGAGUUAGACGACCCCGAGAUUGACCUCACUGACGGACCUGUCACCGUGAGAGUAGAUCAGGCGACUCGACAGUUCUACCUUAAUAACUGCCAAAAUUCUUAUGCAAUGAGGAGGCUGCCUCGAGGAAAGGCUCUGAUAAUUAACGUGAACGAAGUCGAGGGAAAACCGCCGCGGAGAGGGACAGAUAUAGACCGGGAUAAUCUACACAAUCUGCUCAAUCAGCUCCACUUUGAUGUCAAGGUCUAUAAUGACUGUAAUGGACUCGCAGCUAAGGAGAUGGCCCAGAAGUUGGAGGAUUUUGCUGCUGAUGCCGCCCAUUUCCAUGCAGACGCUGCAUUUGUCUGUCUGCUAAGUCACGGAGAGGAAGGCUAUAUUUUUGGAACCGAUGGUCGUAAACUUCAGUUAGACAGUGUGUUUAAGCUGUUUGACAAUAGCAACUGUCCAAGUUUAUUGGGCAAACCAAAGAUCUUUGUUAUUCAGGCUUGCAGAGGAGGGGCUUUAGACAGUGGUGUUCCAUUUAAUGAUGAACAUGAUGGAUCGACCCCUGGAUUAAAAAAACAACUACCCACCCAGUCCGACAUGAUUAUUUGCUUCCCGACUCAGACAGGUUACUAUGCCUGGAGGAAUCGUGAACGAGGGAGCUGGUACAUCGAGGCCCUGGUACAGAUUUUUAUGAAGUACGCUAAGAGUGAGGACAUCUGUACAAUGCUACACAGGGUGAACCUGCUGGUCUCUAGGAAAGUGUCCCGGUGCCCCCAGCUAGAGAUGGACUCCAUGUCUCAAAUGUCCGAGUACAAGAGCACUCUACGCAUGCCACAUCUCUACUUCUACCCGGGAAUCGCCAGUGUUUAGAGAUAGAUCCAUGUCUCUUCAACCAAAAUCAAGAUGCCUUUGUUUAAGACUAUAAGAUUUUCUCUUUUAUAGUUCAUUUGAGCUGUAAGGUUGUUUUAAUCAAAAUUUGUCUGUACAUAAUGUGGAUCACCUCCAAAAUUGGCAAUUUUACCUUGUUAAGUUUGUAAUGUUAAUGGCUUUAAAUUUAGCAGAUGAAACUGGGUUAAAUUAUCAUAGCAAGAUAUCUGGCAUUUAUGUGAAAUA